AUGGCCCCCUUGACGGAAGAAAACCUGGCACGGUUAUGCGGUGAGGCCAAGGCUGAACGCGGGGCGCGCGACGUGGACCUCACAACCCUCGCCACAACCCUUACACACAGCUCAGAUCCAGGUGACGGCCUCUGGACGGGGACAGGCUUGGGUCUACAGCUUGGGCAGCUGUGGCGAAGACAGCGCAUGCGAUCAUAUCCAGCAUGGCAGUUUGAGGAGCAAUGCCGCCGCGAACACGCGUGGCUCCUCAAGGUACAAUAUCAAACGUCGGACCAGACAGGCUGCACGACGGACAAGGUCUGGACGAUGGCUCGACGGUCGAUCAGGACGCGCUGGGCGGAGCAAGGCAUCUGGAAGUCCGAGUGGGACUCGAUCGGCACGCCCUUUGGGCCCUGGGCCCACGAAACGUCCAUGUCGCGGGGCCCCAGAGCAACGGGAUCCCUCGCGGCGGACGCUGGAGGUGACGUUGUAGGCGGCCCUGGUCAGUCCCGACGGCCUUCACAGGAGCUCGGUGCGAGCGCGCAGGACAGCUCCCACGGCCCGCGCAGCAUGUGGCGAGACGACAUGACGGAACCGUCUCGACCUCUACCUCAGUUCGAGGCUCAGGUACGGCAACGUUGCGAGCGGGCGCGAUGGCAGAGUUCGCCGGCGGGAGCUCGGACGGCAGGCCAUCAUGAGAGUUAUACCGAGGCAUGCGAAGCCGUGCGUCGCGACUGGACUCGUCAGGGCAUCUGGAGGAGGGCAUGGGGCUCCGCGCCGUGUCCCUCGGCGACUUGGAAGCACGAGCACCCGGUGGCAGAGAUCUUGGCCGAGGAGAUGGUCGCGUCUGGCACGGGCCCAGGCUCGGUUUGCUUGCGACGACAACAGCUGCGGCCAGAUGCCACUCACUCCCAGACAAGAUUGCGUUGUGAGCCGAAUGAAGCCGGAUCCAGGCAGCGCGACAGCAUGGAGGCCGAGAGCCGGCCGCCGUUCACGGUUCCUGAGCCACGUACCAGCGCUGCGACAUCGAAUGACGACUCCCAUCAGGUUUCGACGCGGCCCUCGGAAGCCGCCACGGGCCCCACGGACUUGGUUGACUCCUUUUCGGGGAAGAGCAACGCGAUACACAAGUGGCUGGCAAACAUCCCCGAAACGGGUGCCGCCGUCGAGGAGCACCCUCGGGUCGGUGCAAUAUCACCCGGGAAGAAGAGGCUCAAGACCAAGAAGCCUAGGUUUCGCGCAGGGCCGUCGUCUUCAUGGUUCUGGCGAGAGAGAUGGAGGGCAACCGGCAAUCUGGGGGCGGGCUACUAA